ACCCUUUUGGUUUUUGGUCAACGCGCGGCGGCAAGCCACUACUUUAACCAGAGAGUUCCCUCACCGGCAUCGAGAAAAUCGGUUGGCGAGCGAUGGAAGGAGUAGAGAAGUUUUUCAGCAAGAUGGUGAUAGAUGCGAAAUCGGCAGCUUCUUCUUCUUCCUCUUCUCUUUCUGAUUUCGCGGAGAAUCUAAUCCAGGAGAAACGAGCCGGCGGCGGCGGUAACUCGACUUCGUACGACACUUCCGCAGUUUUGGUCAAAAGAACUCCCAGUGGAGUAUCGGCAUGGACGUGUUCAAAGCUGUGCGCGGUUUUCUUCGUAGCAGGAGUGUUUGUGGGUUAUACGCUUAAGAGACGGGUCCGGAGCUGGGCUUCUAAACUUCUCAGAAAAAUCAGAGAUGAUUAAACUCCAACCUCUCUUCUGCUUCUUGAAUGUGUUUUAGUACCGAUUUACUGUUGUGCUCAAGGCACUCUUUGUUGUUUCAUCCUCUAGUCACAGUUUGUGGUAAUGGAGAUAGUGUGAUUGGGGGUCACCUCUUGAAAGUUGAAAGACAUGCAUAUUUUUGUGUGAA